AUGGUCAUCCACGAGUGCCGCAUGGAGGACUCAGACAUCGAUUUUGAGGGCAUUGUGAAGUAUAUGACGAAAGCAAAGGGCAAAGGACCCAGCGCCAAGAUCAAGUUACCAUCGGAGGUCGAAGUCAGGCAGAUAUGCCACGUGGUCGGAGAGAUCUUCAUGUCACAGGAUUCGUACCUUGACCUGGAGGCACCGAUCAAAAUGUGCGGAGACGUUCACGGGCAGUAUCACGACUUGUUGCGCAUGUUCGAAAUGGGAGGGUUCCCGCCAGAAAGCAGCUACUUCUUUUUGGGCGACUACGUCGACCGUGGAAAGCAGUCCGUCGAAACGAUCAUCCUGUCGCUCGUAUAG